GGAGAAAUAUAUGCCAAAGGCCAGUUGCCAAAAGUUCGCAAGCGAUCUUCAACAUUCAUCUACAAUAAAAGUCUAUUUAAGCGAUGCAGUAUCAUAUAAAUUUACAAAAGCUGGCACCAUGGCUAAUUUACAGCAUAUGCUGUGCUAUGCACGUAACUUGGAGCAAAAAUGCGAGAAGGUGCUUCUGAUUGUUCUCUACGUGGUAUUUUUUAUUGUUUUUGCUGUUUUCGUUAUCGCCGAAGGAAUUGAAAAAAUUGUACAGAGUGACCACUGGAAUAAUACCUUACGUAACUCGACAUCCUGACAUACCUUUUCUGAGGAGAGUUUCUCGCUCGGUCAUGGAAGCCGCUUUCCGUAAUUUGUUUGGAAAGCUUAGUGCCAGUACGCCGGAAAUGGUUUUCGAUGGAAAACGCGUGCCUCCAGCAGUUCUUCCUCUGUUUGUGAAAUUUCAAGGCUUAGAAAAGCUAAGCCUGAUUGAUUGCGACCUGUGGUCGUUGGAGGGCCUACCGCGUUUGCCAUGCCUACGCAUCCUCAUGUUGGGAGACAACCAUAUUGAUGACCUGAGCAUCCUGCCUCAGAGCUGCCCCAAUUUGGAGAAGCUUUCCAUUGUCGGUAACAAAAUCGGUCUCCGUGACGAAUUAGAGCCACUGACACUUUUACCAAAGCUGCGGGCAUUGGACGUUGAAGGCAACGAGUUGUGUGAAAUUCGCGGACACGACCGCUGGUUGGCUGAUAAGUUUCCGAACGUUACACGUUUUUUAAUCACGGCUUAUGAUGUGGACAGCGAGGAUGAGGAGAGUGACGAGGAUAUUUCUUGGUUUCUCAGCGGUGAAGCCAUGGGAGAUUCCGAUGAGGACGGCUACAACGGAGACGAUGAUGAUUCACACACGGACGCCCGGGUGCCUGAGGUUAUCACGUUGGACUAGUUUUUCUCUGAUGGCAGUUCUUUUUUUUUGUGUUUAGACAAUGUUAUUAACGCUUCAAUAAAAUAAGACAUUUUAGGAUUCCUGCUGUUUUUUUUUUAGAUUUUUUUCAAACACGUGAAUAAAGGCAGUACAGAACAAG